AUGACUGGAUUCAAAUGGAUGGGAAACCGUGCGGAGGAGCUUCGCGCUGAAGGCAACCAUGUGAUUCUCGCAUGGGAAGAGUCAAUUGGAUACAUGCCAGGACACACUUUGGAUAAGGAUGGUGUCAGUGCAGCGGCAGUGUUCGCUGAAAUCGCCGCAUUCCUUCACACUCAAGGGAAAUCUCUCGAGGAUCAACUGUAUGCUCUCUACAAUAAAUAUGGAUUCCACUUGGUUAGAUCCACCUACUGGAUGGUUCCAGCACCGGAAGUCACCAAGGAGCUGUUCAGCACCCUCAGAGCCGACUUGAAAUUCCCAACAAAGAUCGGUGAGGCUGAGGUAGUCUCUGUGAGAGAUUUGACGAUUGGAUAUGACAAUUCGAAGCCUGACAACAAGCCAGUUCUUCCGCUUUCGACGUCUUCUGAAAUGGUGACAUUCUUCUUGAAGACUGGAAGUGUCACGACUCUCCGUGCAUCUGGAACUGAGCCCAAGAUCAAGUACUACAUCGAACUGAUCACUCCACCAGGAAAGACUCAAAACGAUUUGGAAAGUGUCAUCUCGGAGCUAGAUCAGCUGGAGAAGGAUGUCGUUGCCACGUUGCUCCGUCCACAACAGUUCGGAUUGAUUCCUCGCAAAUAA